UAUUUUAAUGGCGAGCGAACUACUUUCAAAUGCGUCAGUGCGUCAGUGUAUAUUGUGCCCAGCCCUUCGGAGGAUAAAUUGUGAUUGCUUUUUUUUGUGUUUACAUGGAUAUUCUGGCAGUUUUGUAAGGUAGUAGGGGGCCACUAUGCCAGAAGAAACCAAGGUGCCCGCUGUUGUAGACUCUGAAGGGGUUGAGAAUGGCCCUGCGAGUUCUCCAUCGCCCUCAAAGAAGAAGACGCCAGUUAGCAAAGGGAAGUUGGUCCAUGCCAGAGUGGCCCUGCUAGACGGUUCUCUUCUUGAUGUUAACAUUGAGCGCAAGUCAAAAGGACAGGACCUGCUAGAUAAAGUGUGUGAGAAUUUGAAUUUGUUGGAAAAGGAUUACUUUGGGCUUACAUAUGAAGACCGACAUGACCCUCACAACUGGCUUGAGAUGGACAAACGUAUUGCCAAGUUUGUCAAAAAUGAGCCAUGGAAGUUCAAUUUUGAAGUUAAGUUCUAUCCUCCAGAUCCUGCUCAGCUGCAAGAAGAUAUUACUAGGUAUCAACUGUGUUUGCAGAUUAGAAAUGAUAUUUUAAUGGGAAAGCUUCCGUGUUCGUUUGUGACACAUGCAUUGCUUGGCUCAUACCUUGUUCAGUCAGAGAUUGGCGAUUAUGAUGCAGAUGAGCAUGGCCGCAAUUACCUCAAGGACUUCCGAUUUGCUCCCAAUCAAACCCCGGGGCUGGAAGAGAAGGUCAUGGACCUUCAUAGGACUCACAAAGGUCAAACACCAGCAGAAGCAGAACUUCAUUAUCUUGAAAAUGCCAAAAAAUUGGCAAUGUAUGGUGUUGACUUGCAUCCAGCAAAAGACUCAGAAGGUGUUGAUAUCAUGUUGGGAGUUUGUGCCUCUGGUUUACUGGUGUAUAGGGACAGGUUACGUAUCAAUAGGUUUGCAUGGCCGAAGAUAUUAAAGAUUUCAUAUAAACGACAUAAUUUCUACAUCAAAAUUCGUCCUGGUGAGUUUGAGCAGUAUGAGUCUACAAUUGGCUUCAAGCUGGCAAACCAUAGAGCAGCGAAGAAAUUAUGGAAAGUUUCAGUAGAACAUCACACAUUCUUCAGAUUAAUGACACCUGAACCAACACAAAAAACAGGGCUAUUUCCUCGGUUUGGCUCCAAGUUCAGAUACUCAGGACGAACCCACUAUGAGACAAAGAAGUCACUUAUUGAACGACCCGCUCCUCGUUUUGAACGCAGUCUUAGUGGGAGAGGCCUUACUUCACGAAGCAUGGAUGCUCUGGCUGGACCCAGACAGACAGAAGAAGACUUCAACAAGAGGCAUACCAUGUCGCAUCCUCCAGAACACAUUCCAGACAUGGAACACAUCGAUGACAAGCCAAAGCCAGUCAAAGAGCUGAGGAAGAAAGAAGAGAAGCUCAAGGACAAGUUGGUGCGCAAAUCAAGUACGGGCACAACAUCAGCCAGUUCAUCAAGCUCUAUGGAAGGGGAGUAUGAGGCACAGGGGCGGGAAGAGGCUCAGCAACAGGCAGAUGGCAGUGAAUCAGAAGGCCCAGGAGGCGAAACAAAACCCAAGAAACCUGUGGGUGGGGUAGCAGUACUGCCACCAGGAGCAUUGAAUUUUGGCAAGUCCAGGAAGAAAGACAAGGACAAGGAUAAAGAUAAAGAUAAAGAUAAGGAUGUUGGAAAGGAUCUUCUGGAGGAGAAAGAAAAUCGAAACGACUUGAAUAAUGAAAGUGCAACUGACUUAAUUAAUGAUGACUCUGUAAUCAAUACUUCGGCAGAAGAGAAGUCACCACUAGGAAAGAAGGACAAGAAAGAUAAGAAGGACAAAGACAAAAAGGAAAAGAAAGAAAGGAAAGAAAAUGAGAGGAAAGAGAAGGACAAAGAAAAGGACAAAGAUAAAAAUAAGGAAAAGGAGAAGGAGAAGGAAGGAAAUGAGGAGAAAGCUGAAGAGAAAGAUAAGGAUAAAGAUAAAGAUAAGGAAAAGAAGGAGAAAUCCAAAAUUAAGAGCCCUGGUUUCCUGUUUAGCAAGAGUCCAAAGGGUAAGGACAAGGAUAAAGAUAAGGACAAAUCCAAAGAUAAAGACAAGGCUAAGGAUGGCAAAGCUUCUGAUAAAGAUAAGAAAGACAAGAAAAAUAAAAAGAAAGGGAAAGGAAAGGAUGCUGAAGAAAGUGAAAAUGAUAUAUCUUCAACUCAAACCUCUCCUAAGAAGGACGGUGAUAAGGAAACAAGUCCUGCAGGAGGUCAAGUAUCUCCACUUGGAGGAGGGCCACCACAGGGUUCUCCACAGCUUCCAGGAUACACCCGGGAGUAUGACUAUGAUGCUGAUGAUAACACUCCAACAGGAAGAAAGUUUGUACCUCAAGGCCAUGGAUUUACGUAUGAAGAACGUGAUCGACAAGAUCAACUUCUUGCAGGAACAGGAGAGGAAAUAUCGGAAUUGCAACGAUCGCCCACAUCCAGCAAACGGGCUACUGGCUUGGCAUUCAAUUAUGCUCCAGGUGAAGAUCAAAAAGUAGUGGAAUCUGUUGAAAAACGAAAACUUUUAACUGAUAAGAAUGCUGCUAGCAAAGAUGGUGUGACUCCAUUAGUCAUCAGAACCCCUGGUUUAGACUAUGUGGAAUCUGCUGCCAGAAGGGAACAAGCAAAGGCAGAUUCAAAUAUUCCAAAUACUGGCCAUGGCUCUGGGUCACAUUAUGGUACUGAAGGCAACAUUUCUUCAAGAGAAAGGAGGGCUUUGGACAUGCAUUCAGGUGGUGCCAUCCUCCCACAUCAGUCACAGAAAUGCGCACAACCAGGUUAUGAUCAGGACAGUUAUGGAACUGGCCAGUUGGAACAGUAUCCCUCUCACAAUAUUGCUAGUUAUGAUGAAGGUUUAGGUGGUAGAAAAUUCCCAUAUGGAACUGGAAAUGAGCAGUAUGAGGGUUCAGGAGCAUUACCUUCUAGUGCAGCAUUCAUUGCAUAUGAAUCAGGGCGAUACCCAGCUCAAGGUGCAGAGGAUGAAAAGGUGAAAAAUCAGCUUGGUGGUUACUUUGCUCAUGGACAGUUAGGAGGUUUAUCUAGUGAGCCAUUUGUUGGUGAUGGUAAUAAGGAUGGAACAAGACCAGCUAAUGCAGCUGCUAUGGGUGGAGUUGCAGUUGUGUCAGGAACAAAAUCCAAGAAUCUGAAGAAACAUGGAAGUGGUGCUGGAGGCGACAGCUGUACAGAAAGUGAUGGAGAAGAAGGUUCUAGUAGUGAUGAUCUUUCUGACUAUGCCGAAGGAAAAGGAGAACAUGUCCGUGAACUCCAGGGUGUAGCCAAGCUCAAGUUUCCCAGAACACCAAAGAAGUCUGGAAAAGGAAAAGACUCAUCUAAGGAUUUGAGUUCCCCUGCAGCGUUAACAGCUCCUAAAAUUGUUAAAACGACAACUAAACAGAUGGUAGUGAAAGAUAAGGAAGGUGUAACACAGAACAUCGAAGAGAAAGUGGAAGAUCUCACGCCUGGAGGUACCGGAGCGAUAACAGUCUCAACACAAGUCAAUAAGGCAGAAGGUGUGGAUGAUGGCCGCUCUCCAUAUGUAACAGCUACUGCAGUAACAACCAGGACAGCUACAACACAUGAAGACAAAGAGAAGAAUGCAAAGACAAGCCAGGUUGAAGAGAAGACAGUGGCUACAACGAUGACAACUAGUGCCACUCGGCAGGAGCAGCGAGUGGUAACUCAAGAAGUUCGUGCCACAUCCACUGUGCUAGCCAAUGAUUCACAGGUGUUUUCUAGGCGCUCAAGUACUUCGAGCACAAGCUCAAACGACUCGGGAACUCCAAUUGAUCUCCUUGAUGAACCAUCCCUACCACUUGGUGCUAGUGCUGGCCUUUUUUAUGCAAAUGGUGCAACAGGUUACCAGCCUGGCAGUAGUGGGCCGCAGCCUAUUGUGCAGACAGAGAGCAUGGUAUACAGUGACCCUUCAACCCUAGGGGACCCAGACCUACACAGUACAACACAGGUUCCAGUGGUUGCAACAGAGACACGCAAGGUGGCACUGGAAUCAGAGGAUGGAAACUACAGUGCUACUGGGGAGAUUGUCAGUUCCCAAACCAUUAGCAGCAAAACCCGUACUGUUGAGACCAUCACAUACAAGACAGAGCGUGAUGGUGUGGUUGAAACUCGAGUAGAGCAGAAGAUUACGAUCCAAUCUGAUGGUGACCCAAUUGACCAUGAUAAGGCUUUAGCUGAAGCAAUCCAAGAGGCAACAGCCAUGAAUCCUGACAUGACAGUAGAGAAAAUUGAGAUCCAGCAGCAGACAGCGCCUCAGUGAAAUCUCCUGUGGUUGGAAGUUCAUCAUUCCCAUAAUCACAACAGUGGGGUGUGUGGUAAGUGGCAAAUGUAUGUUUCAGAAUGAAACAUACUACAAAAGUGAUAACAGGAUAUUGCUGCUUCUGUUUAUAACAAUAAACCAGUAAUUUCAGUUUGAAAAUUACUUUAAAAAAAAAGUCAUCUGUGAGCAAAGUCAAUCAUCUGUGAUUGAUACUCUUCUCUUUGCACUUUUAUGUUAUAUGCAUUUAAAAAUGCAUUAUUUGUACAUUAUGUUCUUGGGGUGGUAGCACAUGCACAUUUACAAACCAAAGGAUGGAAAUUGAUUAAACCUUCAAUAUCGAUGUUGAGCAUAAUAUUUAUGUAACUGCUGACAUGUAUUUUAGCUGAUAAUUGUAGAAAAGAUUUUAUUUUAUUACUAAUGAAUUUUUUUAGUAUGAUAGUGAAUUUCAUAUACAGUACAACUGUUAUUAAUUACUGGCAGGAUUAUGAGAUUAUGAUGAAACCUGUUGUAACUGCCAGUCUCUCCCUGCAGAUAUUACUGAAUUUAAGUCUUUCUAACUUCAGUGUUACAAAGUGUUUUAAAAAUAUAGAAUGAGUGCCUCUUUCAAUGUAUUGUUUUGGGUUAAUUUGUCAUGGACAGAUUUCCUUAUUAUUGAUGUAACAUACUACUGGUAAGUAAUUACAGUGCUCCCUUUGUAUGUUCUCUGUAAUGCAAUGGUGUAUUGAUUUGUUUUGUCAUGAUACUACCAGACUUUAAAAUAAAAACACUUCACAUCAGUUUGUAAAGUUACUUUCUGUAUAAAGGUAUAUAUACAAGUACUUCUUCACCUAUACAGGUCAUUAGUAGUUACGUAAAGUAAAAAAGGAUACAGGUUUCAUUGUAAUGUCAUGUCAUAUAUCUUGGUGUAUUUUUAACAUUGCAGUUUAAAUUUGAUUAUACUGAUUUAUCUUCAUAUGUCACUGUCUGAAUUUUAUACUGGGGUACAAAAUAAUGACCCUGUUAUAGUCAGAAUACAUCUAUAAAUAUUUUGGUACUCACAGUAAUUACAUCGGUAUUUAAACCUAAUCACUUUCUUUCCUGAUCUAAUAUUCCUGCUAAAUGUUUUAGAGAGAGAGCUUGAUAAUUUUUGUGUAUAGACUUGAAAAUAAUUAUGUUUCUAAGCUGUUGAGGUACAUAUAUUGUGGUUGAAGGAUGAAAAUAAUAAUAUAUAAAAAUAUAGAAUAUUUUUGUCUUGAAUACAGUCUACAGUCCAAAGGAAAUAUUUGGCUGAAAGGGGUAUUUGUUAAUAUCAAAAUGAAGACUAGAUUUGUAUCAGAAUUCUUGAGAUGGUUAAGAUUUCAUUUCUCAGCCAAUUGAAUUGUGAAUUUAGGUACAGAAUUUGGUGCUUUAUUUUCAUAUGCCUUAAAUACAAAGCUCCUUGAAGCCAAAAUCAGUUUAUGGGUGAUGUGAAUGAUGCAGACCAGAAAAAUGCUUUUCUUAUUUCAUGUAUGCAAAACAGUCUCUCAUUCAGUCAUGUGGUUAACACCUUUUAAAGAGCUUCCCUUGCACUUUGAAUGCGCAGCAGGUCCAAUUGUAACUCUGGAAUUGUUAAAGGUAUAUUUUGAGUGAGGAUAAAAUGUGUUACUGAAGGGAUUAAUUCACAGAUGGGAUGAAUCGUGAUAAGGCAGGAGUCAUCUGAAGCAUCUUCUAGCUGAUGAAAUCCAUUGCAUGGAUGCAGUUAUGAUUCCAGUUGUCUGUUAUGGUGGAUGUUUUGAUUGUGAUACAUAUUCAGUAUUUUAUGGCAGCUUGUAUUUUAGUGACAGUUGACUAACAGAGUUUCAGGCAUUUAUCUUACUACUGUUCUCCUCUAAGCAGGUAAAAGAAAAGCAGGUGCGAAAUACAGUGAAAUAUUUCAUAUAUUUUACAUAUUAUUUGCAAGAAACUGAAAAUGUUUAUAGAAAAAUAUCUAUACAGAACACAAGCGUGUGUUCAGAUUAAAAUAUUUUUGGAUAUUUGUAUUAUUUUUCUUAAUUUUGUGUGGUAGCCACUGUUACUAGGAAAUGAAAUUCACGAACAUAAUCUCUAAGGUUCAUGAGUCCAGAACUAUCUGAUCAACUACAUUUCAUUCACAUCAAUUUCAAGGGUACCAACUGCUCAUUUGAGCAGCUAAAGCUUUUGUUCCUUUCAUCAUAUAAAUAUGAUCUAGCUAUAGUCUGGCUACAUAUUAGUGUUGAUAGAAAAGUUACAUAAAAUAAAUACUGAGUCUUAAUGUUUCAGAAACAUCAGAUUUUGCAGCAGAAGGCACUUGCAUAGUCUGAAUAUGCCAUUUCUUCUAUUGCCAUCAUUCAGAUCAUCAUAAGUAUGCAAGGAAGGUUGCAUGCCUUGCAUUUAGCUGUAGUAUAAUAAUCUGUUAGUCAAAGAGAAAGAGAAAGUGGUACUGUAGUUCAGUUGUAUUUUUUAAAAUAAUCUUUAUACUGUAAAUGUUUUAUCUGUAUCUGAGAUAUGUUUUAUUUUCUUUUCACAUUAUUAAUAUUAGUUUUUUAUAUACAAAUAACAAUGUCAUUUAGUUAGGGGAAAAAUAUGUCUGUGCAUUGUGUUCUGUCAUCAUCAUUUUAAUGUUGCACAAAAGCUUUGCCAUAUGAUGCAGUUAUUGACGUGUUUACAAGACAGCUCUUACCUUUGUAAUUUUACAUACUUGCUGAGGUGUAUAGCUAUAUUCAAGUGACUAAUUAUAAUUUCUUUAACCUCAAGUCAGUGAUAUAUGGAUGCUUACAGAUGAAAUUGAGCAGAAAUGAGAGCAGUUUCUUACAUAACUAUCUACAGUCAAAGCAGAUCAGAAUAUUUCUUUUCUCAGAGCCACCUAGUCAAAAUAAAGUUUGCCUGCCACCACUUUUCACCACAUUAUCAAUUAUUACUUGAAUUUACUUUGCAAACCAUCUGCCUUUGUAAGGAGGCCUUUUAUACUGCUGAAAAUUCUUUGUAUAACAUAAUCAGAUAAAUUUAUUUCAUAGCAGCUGAAAAAGUUGAUUCUCCUACAGUUUUUGCAAGAAAUACAUGCGGGUCGCAGAUUUAUGCUUUGAUUUUAAUGAAACACGUUAGAUGGUUGUGUAAGAUUGGUGUGCAUGGAACUCAGGUGUUAACAGAACGCUGCUUUUUGAUUCCUGCCUGCCAGUAAAUAUGAAAUUUGUAACAUUUAUGAUGCAUUUACCCAGACAUGGCUUAGGUAUGACAAUAAGGUAGACUAGCUUGUGAUGGUAGCUGCUGAUGAGUCGGGACAUUUUCUUGAUUGGAGAAUAAAGUAAACGUAUAACUUCUUACAUAUUCUGCCCAUAUACAAGCAAGAAACAUUAAGGGGGCUUUCUUUUGAAUAAACCUUUGGUUUCUGUCUAUAAGUAAAGCAUGUGUAAAGUAACAUCUCUCUCUCUACCCUUUCUGCUUAUUGUGAGGAAAGGUCCUAUACAAACCUGAUUAUUUUUAUGUUUAAGAACAGCAUGCACAAUGCACACAAUGGAAGAAGUAAAAAAUGAAAGUGCUUGUUGUAUUGUAAGUGCUUAGAGAGAAAUAAAACUUCAGCUUUUAUAUAAAAAGAUUUCGAUACAUGAAUAAGUUGCCUCUGUAUCUUGGAACCUCAUAUUUUUCAAUAUUUACUGUGUACUGAAAUCUGUUGACCUGAUAACAUAUUCUACUUGAAUUUCCAGAAGCUUGAACAUUUUGAGCUGUCUUGUAUUGAUUUAUACAGAAGAUCAUUAAGUGGAUAUCUUUGGCACCAUACCAUGGCACAUCCUCAGGAUGCAUGCGGAGACACCCUCCAGAUACGGACAGUCACUGAAAGCACUGAAUAAGCAGUAACAGCUGAAAAGGGGUUAAUCUCCAGCUUGGAGGUUGGGCAUGGAGGUGACAACUUAUAAAAGAACCAACAUGUUAACUAAAUGUCACAUAGGCCCUUAGUGUAAAAUAAUUUGUCUCAGUGUUCGUAUGUAUGCAACUCAAUAUCUGACCCUAAAAUAAAAAUAUCGGGACCUGAAAAGGGGGACUGAAUCGAUGGAACGAGAACAUUAAUUUUCAGUUUUGUAAUUAUACUCUUCACCAAAUAUUACUAGGAUUAUUCAGUUGAGGAGGAUGAGAUGAAUGGGAUAUGUACUAGGCAGAAGGAAGGCAAGGUCUUUUGGAAGUGGAAUGUGCGUGUGAGCUAGAGUUGAGUGGCUCAGGAUAUGGUCUGGUAGUGGCAUUAUUAUUCCUAAGUGUUUGUAACUGCUGUAGCGUUCUGUUUGUGGUGGCAAACCCAACAGAAUAUUUAUAUUGCUAAAACAAAAUACAGGACAGCACAGACCAUGACCCAAUCCAGAUUUGAACCUGUGUGCCCUGCAACGUUGGAUUACUGGGAUUGUCUUUCAACUCCAUGGUUAAUUAUAAUCAAAUCUGGUUAUGCAGAGAUGUAAUAAAUUUUGUGAGCCUUCUGAAGGGAUCAUAUAAUUUGACAGAAGUAUGAAAUACAGCACUGUUACAUUC